AUGGAUUACCACGUGCUCGGAUUAAUUUUAGCUUUCCUCCUCGGUGAUGCAAAGGUUUUAGCCGGUUAUCCCAUUUGGUGGUCCCUCGCGUUAGGCCAGCAAUAUACCUCGUUGGGCUCCCAGCCGAUCCUGUGCGGUUCCAUUCCUGGCUUAGUGCCCAAGCAGCUCCGGUUCUGCCGCAACUACAUCGAGAUCAUGCCCAGCGUGGCCGAGGGCGUGAAGCUAGGAAUCCAGGAAUGCCAGCACCAGUUCCGGGGGCGCCGUUGGAACUGCACCACCAUCGACGACAGCUUGGCCAUUUUCGGGCCUGUUCUCGAUAAAGCCACGCGAGAAUCUGCCUUUGUCCACGCCAUCGCCUCAGCCGGCGUGGCCUUUGCCGUCACUCGCUCCUGUGCUGAAGGCACAUCCACCAUCUGCGGCUGUGACUCGCAUCACAAGGGGCCACCAGGCGAAGGCUGGAAAUGGGGAGGAUGCAGCGAGGACGCCGACUUUGGCGUGCUGGUUUCGCGGGAGUUUGCCGACGCCCGAGAAAAUCGCCCAGAUGCCCGCUCCGCCAUGAACAGGCACAAUAAUGAAGCUGGAAGAACAACGAUAUUGGAUCACAUGCACCUGAAAUGUAAGUGCCACGGGCUGUCGGGCAGCUGUGAGGUCAAAACAUGCUGGUGGGCCCAGCCGGAUUUCCGCGCCAUUGGCGACUACUUGAAGGACAAAUACGACAGCGCUUCGGAGAUGGUGGUGGAGAAACACCGGGAAUCUCGCGGGUGGGUGGAGACGCUGCGUGCAAAAUACGCCCUCUUCAAGCCGCCGACGGAGCGCGACUUGGUCUACUACGAGAACUCGCCCAACUUCUGCGAGCCCAACCCCGAGACCGGCUCGUUCGGCACCCGAGACAGGAUGUGCAACGUGACCUCGCACGGGAUCGACGGGUGCGACUUGCUCUGCUGCGGCCGCGGCCACAACACCCGGACGGAGAAGAGGAAGGAGAAGUGCCAUUGCAUCUUCCACUGGUGCUGCUAUGUCAGCUGCCAGGAAUGCAUCCGAGUUUAUGAUGUCCACACGUGCAAAUAAAAAGGUAGG